CCUCUUGUGGUCCCGCCUCUCUGCCCGACCCUGCAUUCCCUCGCUUCACGACCCGGUAGGAUCCCGGCUCAGGAUUGGCCGAGCCAGAGGCUGUGGAGCCAGGAAGCCAAUGGCCGGGGUUUGCCUUCCCGGAUCCAAAAUGGCGGCGCCGGAGUCUGGCAGCGGGGCCUCCGGAGGGAGCAGGUGAAGCGGCCUCGGCCCGCGGCUCCGGGACCUGCCGCCCCUGCUCGUCCCCCCGGAGCCGGCCGGGGCCCAGCCCCAGCCAUGGCCGCUGAGAGCAGCAAGCAGUUCUGGAAGCGGAGCGCUAAGCUGCCGGGGAGUAUUCAACCUGUCUACGGAGCCCAGCAUCCUCCUCUGGAUCCCCGGCUCACCAAAAACUUCAUUAAGGAACGUUCCAAGGGCAAUGCGCUGCCCCUGAAGAAUAAGAAGGCCUCUAGCUUUCACGAGUUUGCACGCAACACCAGUGACGCCUGGGACAUCGGCGAUGAUGAAGACGAAGACUUCUCCUCUUUCCAAACCCUGAACUCUAAAGUGGCCAAGGCAACAGCAGCCCAGGUGCUGGAGAACCACAGCAAGCUGCGCGUGAAACCCGAGCGGGCCCAGUCUGCUCUCAGCGAGAUGCCAACCAACUGCAAGGUCAUCAAGUCCAGCAGCGAGGCCCAGCUGUCCAGACCACCUGAGGAUGUCUGCGUGCGGAACGCCCUGCACAAACAGCAGUCCCUCCCACUCAGACCCAUCAUUCCACUCGUCGCCCGCAUCUCCGACCAGAACGCGUCGGGGGCUCCCCCAAUGACAGUGGAGAAAACACGUCUGGAGAAGUUCCAGCAGCUCCUCUCCAGCCACAACACGGACCUGGAUGAGCUGAGGAAAUGCAGCUGGCCUGGCGUGCCCAGAGAGGUCCGGCUCGUGACAUGGCGACUCCUGUCGGGCUAUCCCGGCGAACAAGGAGCGGAGGAAGCUGACCUUACAGCGCAAGCGGGAGGAGUAUUUCGGCUUCAUCGAGCACCUGCCUUCAGAGAACUAGAAGAGGAUGUGGAGAACUUUGACGUGACGACCCUGUCUCAGGAUGUGUUGCGGAGCAUCGAAGCCGACAGCUUCUGGUGUAUGAGCAAACUACUGGAUGGCAUACAGGAUAACUACACCUUUGCACAGCCAGGGAUCCAGAAGAAGGUCAAAGCACUGGAGGAGCUAGUCAGCCGGAUCGAUGAGCAGGUACACAAUCACUUUAGGAAGUAUGAGGUCGAAUACCUGCAGUUUGCCUUUCGCUGGAUGAACAAUCUGCUGAUGAGGGAGCUCCCCCUGCGCUGCACCAUCCGCCUGUGGGACACCUACCAGGGACCAGAGUGUACAGCCCCCCAGAAUGGAUCCGCUAUCACCGGUAUCACGGCAGGUCAGCAGCAGUCUGGUCUCUGGGGGUCCUGCUGUAUGACAUGGUCUGUGGGGAUAUCCCCUUUGAACAUGAUGAGGAGAUUAUUAGGGGCCAGGUCUACUUCCGACAGAGGGUCUCUCCAGAGUGCCAGCACCUCAUUAAAUGGUGUCUUGCCUUGAGGCCCUCCGACAGGCCAUCCUUUGAAGAUCUUCUAAAUCAUUCUUGGAUGCAAGAUGUCCUCUUGCCACAGAAAACAGCAGAGAUCCACCUGCACAGUCUAAUUCAGGAGUCGGGCAAAUAGCAGCUCCUCUCAUCCAUUGGGUGUAAAAAGAAAACUCUCACCAGUGACUGUCUGCCUGUUACAUGGGAACAUUCAUAUCUCAUUCCAGAGCUCAGCUAACUGGAGAAUCUUCUGAGAGGCUGGAGGUUACCAUCCAUCCCAGGUGGACUGGUCUUGAACUCGUUUGGUCCUGCCUUACUUGAUGUCUUGCCAGUAGACGUUUUUGAUGUCUUAUGGGCACAUCUGUGAGUGUCCCUGACCUGCUGAGUCCUGGAAUAUGAACUGAGCGAGGACCAGAGAAUUAGUAAGAACGUUUUUUUUUUUUUUUAUUUUAUUUUGUUUUGCUUGGGGAAACUGGCUGUGGAGGGGGAGGGAAGGUACUGAUUUGAAUAGCUGUCUUAUUCACUGUGUCACCAUGUUCUGAGUGCUGGGGGAAAUACUUGAAUCUUCCUACACCUCUGCUUCUUCAAGAUUCACCUGGGUUUAUUUUAUAUUCCCCUUCUUAAGGAACAGGUCAGAAGCAGCCACGGGUGAAACCAAUGCACCCUGGCUAGUUGUUUCCGAGGUAUGCUGUUAGCGGGACCUUUCCUUCCUCAGCUCUUUGCCUUGAGCCUCAGAAGCCAGGGCGUCCUCACAGAGGCACAAACAAUGCAACCCAAUAGAGCUGUAAAUGUGUACAGAAUUAUCCAGGAGCGAAGCUUGGUGUACAGAGGAUUGUAGUUUAUAAUGGUAACGGUUUUACUCUUUUUGUUUUAACUUAUUUUCAGGGGUUUGGGUUAUUAUUUGUUUGUUUGUUAAGGAAAAUGUCCUAACCUGUAGGAUAACUUAUUUAUUUAUUUAUGAAUCGUGGGUUCAGAGCCCAUGCCUGGCUUCCAUAGCUGCUGAGCUGGUUUCCAGUUGGGGUCCCCUCCCCCCCGACUGCACUCCCUUCUUAGAAUGCUCUGUUAAUGUCUCACCACUGUGUGGAGUGGCCGACUGCUUCCCAGCUGUCUGUAAAUAGAUCCGGCUGCCGGUGUUCCUCUUCCAUGCGUGUGUUCAGUUGUUUUAAAGGCAUUUCCACCGGUAUUUGUCUGGGCUGGGGAGGGACAUCACAUGCGCUUGUGUAUAUAGCACUGGUUUUGCCGAGCUGUUGGGGAAGGUACCCUGGACUCCAACACUGUCAAGCCUGUAUAUGUAAUCAGUGUGUAGUCUGCUGCUUUUGUUAAUAGUUAAUCUUGUACAGGGGAAGUCAGAAAUCCUAUUUUUUUUAUACAUGCAGUUUUAAAUAAAAAUGAAUCACUUGAC